CCACGCAUCUGCGCAGUUGGUGUUAUUGUGACUGGCGGCGGCCCCGGAUGUCGUGGCUGCUGGGGGGAGAUGGCGGAGGCUGAGAGGGUGGCCGCGGCCCCAGGCCCUGCUUUAGGGUCGACUUUCAGGGGCCGCCGAGCCAUGUCAGGCUCCUGGGAGCGGGCCCAGCAGGUUGAAGCGGCGCAGCGGGCCCUGGUGGAGGUGCUGGGGCCUUACGAGCCUCUGCUGAGUCGGGUGCAGGCAGCCCUGGUGUGGGAGCGGCCAGCCAGGAGCGCCGUGUGGUGCCUGGGGCUGAACGCGGCUUUCUGGAGAUAAGGGGAGGGUAAAUGAGCCCUGGAAAUGUGUGUGAACUCCCUCCCAGCUCUCUCCUC